AUGUUAGUAUGUAUGUCUCUCAGUACAUAUAGUGUUGUUAAAACAAAUGAACCAAUUGGGUAUGUGUUGGAUGAAAAAUGGGAUGUUUCUAUUGUAUGUCAUGAAUGCCAUAAAGAUAAAAAUUCAACAAACAAUUAUUCAGAAACAAUCAAAAAGACAUAUAGACAGUAUUGCUUAGAAACAAAUGCUUCAACACUGACCAAUAUUUCAUCAACAAAUGGUUUGAAGAACUUGUUUGGAAAGUUUUUGAACUAUCAACAAUAUUCUGAUUUAGAUAUAUCUGAAUUUUGGGCUACAAUUGGAGAAAUCAGCAAACAUUAUUAUGUAUUUGAUUAUGGAGUUUCUACUGCUGUUAUUAAUCAGCAAAACACCAAAUAUAUUUUGAAAGCUUUGAAACCAUUCCUUCAGUGUACUGAUGAAAAUGAAGAUUCCCCAACCCAAGAAACUGUUUUUAAUAUUUGCAUAAACUUACUACUGAAAUCCACUCAAGAGAGUUUAGAAACAAAUGACUAUAAUAUGCAGACAGAAACCUUAGAUUGUGUUAAAGAACUUGGUUUAUGUCGCAAUGGUAAAGUGAUUUUGCCGGUGACUAAACUUUUAGUUUACUUUAUAAUGCAGCCGCAGUGUUCUCUUGCCCCUAAAGCAGUUGUUUAUCUCAGGGAUGUUUGUGAAUUCCAAGGGUACACCCCUAACCAAACAUACCAAAGAUAUAAAAGGACUAUUGCCGACUCUUCGUCGACUGCAGUCUCAAUAAUGGCAAAGAUUUCGCAGUAG